CUUGCAAUUCACAGUUGUUUGAAUCGACGAGGCUUUCUAGACAAAUUAAGGAAAACAAAACAAUGGGGCUUAGCAAGACAUAUUUGAACAACAUUGAGAAGGCCUACUCUGCUUCGAGGCUAAGUAGACUCCAGAUUAAGAACGAAGAUAACAUUAAAGCAAGGAUGCAAAGAUUGAAGAAGGAGAUGACAGAGAUUGCCAAGGAGCACAAAUACAUAAAAGCAGGGCUAAGGGAAGUGAGAAAUAAAAUUAAGGAGAUCAGGAGUGACUGUGCCCAACUCAGAGAAGAAACUAAGCAUAUGUUUGAUCAAAGCAGAUGCAUCAAACGUCGACUCGAUAUCAUGUUUCACAUCUUGCAAGCACGACAACGUGGCGAUUUUAUUAAAGCACAAAAGCUUACCCAGUUCCUCUGCAUGAAGUAAAUCUUCAAAAUGAUAGACUUGAUGCAGUUUCUUCUCCUCUUUGAGUCAUCUUCGGGAUUGUUCUUCGUGCUUCCAGGAUUUCUCUUAGAGUUGAUCUUGUUUACCUUGCCCCUUUUGAUACGAGCCUGUUUUUUGUUCUUUUAGUCUCAUAUGGGUUUCUUGUUAUCAUUUGUUAUCAUUGGGCUUAUUAUCAUAAUUUGCUAUUGAUAGGAAUAGUAUGUUAAAGGCCAUUAUUUUAUGUAAUAUUCAAACUCGAUUUAUUUAUUUGAAUAAAAUA